CCGGGGCGGGGCCGGGGUCGCGGCGCAGUCGCAGUCGCAGAGCCGGCCCCGGGCAGCGAUGGCUGCCAUCUCGCUGGAGACCGUCCCCAAGGACCUGCGGCACCUGCGCGCCUGCCUGCUCUGCUCCCUCGUCAAGACCAUCGACCAGUUCGAGUAUGAUGGCUGUGAUAACUGCGAGACAUAUCUGCAGAUGAAGGGCAACCGCGAGAUGGUCUACGACUGCACCAGCUCCUCCUUCGAUGGGAUCAUCGCCAUGAUGAGCCCUGAGGACAGCUGGGUCUCCAAGUGGCAGCGGAUCAGUACCUUUAAGCCAGGUGUCUAUGCAGUGUCCGUGACCGGCCGCCUGCCCCAAGGGAUCGUCCGAGAGCUGAAAAGCCGUGGCGUGGCCUACAAGUCUCGGGACACUGCCAUAAAAACCUGAAGGGCCCUUGUGCUGCCUGGAGACCCCAGUGCUGUGUGGAAGAGGCAGUGGGCACUGCUCCAAAACCUCCGAGUUUUAUCCUGUAGGGAAGUGGGGCUGGACUCGAGGUGUGCUGGCUCAGCUCCUCUUGCUCAGUACCUCCGGACUCCACCACACCACAGACCACAGACAUUUAUCUGAGCCUUGACAGGGGGGGAGAGUGUAGGGCUCUCUCUCUCUCUGUAGCUCUGGGAAAGUGUUUAAUGAUGAUGCCCAAGCUUUUUUACAGUUGGUGUGGGAAAGAGGGGAUUUGGGAAACAGCUGUGUAAAUAGUUCAAUAAAACCCACUGCCUGCUAA